CACUCGCGAGCGGCCGUUACUGCGCUCUUAUAGAAUGAAUUUCGGGGUGACAUACAAAAGUGCGCGACAUUUCAUAGCACCGCGAGGAGGUGGCUGGCUCGUUGCUGUGCUGUGCGUUUUGGUGCGCGGCGCGGAGGGCGGCGGCCCUCGCUGCGUGCUGCCCGCCCUCUGCGCUCCCGUGGGGCCGGUGGUGAAGCUACCAGACACGGACAGAGCAACGUUCAGUGUAAGCGGGCUGCAAGUGGUCAUCGAGUUCUCGGAGGCUCAGUUCGUGAAGCUGGAGUGUCCCGAGGGAGUGACGCUGGCUAGUGCGGGGAUGCCGUCGUUCGUUGGUGGCGCGCGCGUCCCGAGCGUGCGGGUGCGCGGCUGCGGCGUCGGAGCGGGCUCGCUGCUGGACGGUCUCGCCGCCCUCAAUGUCACGGUGCUCGACCGUCUCUCCCUCGAAGAUCCGCCGCUCAGCUCUCUGUCCGCGCGGCACCUGCGCGGCCUCCAGCACCUCGCCGGCCUCGACCUGGACGGGACCGGAGCACCGCAUCUGCAGCUCGAGACCGGCGCCCUGCUCUCUUUAGUGCAACUGAAAGUUUUGCGGAUAAUAAACGUGAAUCUGUCUUCAGAUGAUGUAGUCCAUUUCCCUCGUCAAAUAGAAAUAUUAAAAUUAAUAAAUGUCGGAAUGACACACUAUGACUUGAAUCACUUCAGUCACUUAAUGCAUGUUCGAAUUCACGCCGAGCAUGCGAUCUCCAUGAAUGCGCGACGCUUGGUGGAGCUUCGGACGGUCAUCUUGAAUGGGUAUGAGACGAACUUCCCGCCGGAAUCCAGACCGUCCUCCCUGCAGGAGUUGCAGUUGUUCUCGUGGAAAGAUUCGAAGUCGUGGUCUGGCUGCUCUAAUAUAACUACGCUGCAGUUGCACGGGGUCCAGCUGUCGGAGCUGGCGUUGCCCGAGGGCUGGGUGUCCCGGUGCCGUCAGCUCCGUACGCUGAAGGUCGCGGAAUUGUCCUUAACGCUGCCCUUAGGAUUACUCAGAGACGUGACCUUUCUCAAUUUACUGAGUAUGAGGAACUGUGCCUUGCGGCUCUUACCAGAAGAUUUAUUCAGAGAUACAUUGAAUUUGACAAUUGUGGACUUUGAAAAUAACCUAAUUGAAAGCUUGCCUAGGAAUUUAUUCAGCAAAAUCACAUCUCUGAAGAAAUUAAAUUUAUCGAACAACAAGUUGAAGGUCGAAGCCGUCGGUGCGCUGGGUACACUGGUCUCCCUCCAGGUGCUGAGCUUGUCAGACAACCCGACUCUCAUGGACCUCUGCCCCGGCAACUCCAACGCACACGUCGGCUCCGGCACUUCCCCGCUAAAAGCGCUGACGGAGUUGGAUGAGCUGAGACUGGGUCACACGGGUGUGUCUCACGUGUGCAGCGACUGGCGGACCUCCAUGAAGCAACUCAGUCUUCUCGAUCUCUCCUACACAAACAUCACCUCCCUGUCGUACCUGGAUUUCCACUACGAGCGCUCUGGAUCCAAAAAGCUGACCGUGAACUUCAACGGCACGCCCGUCAGCGAGCUCACCGUCGACGCGGGGAACUACAAGUCUGUGAUCGCCGACCUGGCAUCUGCAUCGGUCAAGAUAAUAUUGAGAGCAACUUUACCGUGCGACUGCUUGGACUACUGGACGGCACUGGCGUUCGGGAACCUCAGCACUCAAGCACAAGAUUCCGUGGAGCUCCUGUGUAGGGAGGAGGAGCGUGGUUCACUAGCGGACGCGUUGGAACGGGAAUCUCUGGAGUGUGCGGAAUCGAGCCUGUGUGAGGACCAGGAAGGCUGCACCUGUUCCGUACGCCCUGACCUCUCGCAUGGUGUGGUGGCGACCGCGUCAUGUGAGGGCGCGGGUCUGGACGAAAUGCCAUCGCGUCUGAAGUUCAAAGAGGCUCCCGCGUGGCGCUUAAUGCUCGCCCACAACCACAUCCAGACCGUUCGGUUUCAGGAUCUGCCCGACACGAUAUUGGAGUUGGACCUGAGAAACAACUCUCUGCAUAGAUUGGACGGCCCGACUGCUUCGAAGUUAUCAACUGUCCCUCUGUGGAUCGCCAACAAUUCGCUGGACUGCACAUGUCACGGGUACGACUUGGUGACGAACCUCGAACUGUGUGUGCUCGACAUGGAGCAAGCGACGUGUGACGACGGGACCCCUCUAAUUGAAGCACAGAUCAACGAUCCCACUGAAUGCAGUUCGUUUGUAACGGUCACCGUCUCUUUGAUCAGCGCGCUGGCUUUGUUGGCAGUGAUGGUCGCAGUUACAGCCGGCUGCGGGAUGCGACCCGAGAUGCGGCUGAGAGUUAAGGUGCUGCUGCUGCGACUGGGCUGGCUGCCACGGCGGCCGGAGCCGGACGACGGGCGUCGGUUCGAUGCGUUCGUAUCGUACGCGCACGAGGACGAGGCGGUGGUGGAAGAGCUCGUGAAGCGGCUUGAGGUGGGGCACGGCUACCGGCUGUGCCUGCACUACCGCGACUGGCCGCCGGGCGAGUGGAUCCACGUGCAGAUCGCGGCCUCGGUGCAAGCGGCGCGCCGCACCCUCAUCGUAGUCUCGCGGCACUUCCUGCGCUCCAAGUGGGCGCGCCAAGAGUUCCGCCAGGCACACGCGGCCGCGCUGCGUGACGUCACACCGCGCCUCGUGCUGCUGUUCCUCGAGCCGCCGCACCGCUUGCCUCUCGACGCCGAGCUGCGCUCCUACAUUAGGAUCAACACCUACCUGCUCUGGACCGACCCCUGGUUCUGGCACAAACUAAAGCUAGCCCUGCCGCCCCCGCGCCUGCUCCCCACCCCGUUCGAGGAUGUCUCCGUUAAUAAGGCGGAGAGCUCCCCUCUACAAGUAGCGCCACGCCCGCAGAGUGCGUGACGGGGUUUGACUGCUUGUUGGAACACUACUUUAUUCUAGUACAGUCUUUCUAUAUCCGGGGAAUUUGUUAAAAGCCGUCGCUGGCAACCGCAGUGGCAGCAGGGGAGACCACUGAUCUCAAUAAUGUGAGCUCCAGAGACAAGCGACAAACAGACAGGCAACACGGGCAUAAAGCAGCUGCAACGAGCCGGCCGCGCGCAGUGUCGUUGGCGGGCCAGCAGCAGCUGUCUGUAGUACUCUUGGCGCUCUCCGGGCUCUAUGUUUAAUGUAUAUAAGGUAUAAUGACUUGAAUGUCCUUCAGUGACCGCAGUAACUUUGAGGUUCUUUCAAUUCAAUAUUUAACGUUGAAGUUUGUCUGGAGCGGCGCGCUUCUAUGACGGAGCUCACUCUGCUAUUAAUCUUGGUGUAAUCUGGUUCGAACUCGUUCAAGUGAAGUUUGUGUGUUGUUCAUAUCACUUCUUGUAUAGGCAAUGUCGUUAUUAGAGAAGCCAAGUGAGCUAGCGGCCACCCGAGGCGGGGCCGGGACGAGGAUCGCCCGUGUCCUGUGUGCCGAGUGCGAGUUUUUAACUUCUCGAUCUCGUAAAAGUUAACUCAAAGGACAAUGCCCAAAAGUGGGCCAACUUUAUGUCAAAACUAUUUGUACUUGAAAAAUUAAGCCUUAUUUUUUCACGUUGUUUAGUUUAUAUAUCAACAUUUAUUUCAACCUGGCAUUGUUUUACAAAAAAAAAAAAAACUUAUUUGAUAACAUCCCAAAACUGAGUGCCAUAGUUUUUAAAUUCGCCAUUAGGCAAAGGGCUUAGCCCAGAAAGCCUUAUAGUAAACCUUUAUGCUGCCAAACGAAAGAGUUGUCUGUGACUUGAACAACAAAUUAAAAAAAAUAGCUGAUGGUUAUAAUUCACAGACUUUUUAGUUUAUUUUUGUUCAAUUCAAUAUUUAUAUAUUGUAAUAAUAAUUAUUACAUACUUAUAACCAUGAAUUAUUUAAUAUUUUUAGAUAUUAUUGAUUCCAUUAGUAAAAAACUCAAUGGCCUACCAUUACUCUAUUCUUAUUACAUACUAGCGACCCGCCCUCGCUUCGCUUCGGAAACAUUAAAACACACAUGAAACCAAAAAAAAAAUAUAAAAAAAAAUAAAAAAAAAGUAGCCUAUGUUCAUCAGGGACAAUGUCGGCUUCUAAUGGAAAAAUAAUUUUACAAAUCGGUCCAGUAGUUUCGGAGCCUAUUCGAAACAAACAAACAAACAAAUCUUUCCUCUUUAUAAUAUUAGUAUAGAUGAUCAGAGAGUUUUGGGAGCAACCCGAGUGAAGUGUCACUUGAAGUUUUAUUUUAAUGUUUUUUUUAAUAGUUUAUUGUGAUGUAUAAUAUAUAAAUUGGGUGUUGUUUUGUGUAUUAAACGUCAAUAAUCGUUGUUCACGAUUAUUGAGGCAUUGGAAUAAAACUGUGGCUAACAUA